AUGCUCGCAAAUAAUAUAACCGCAACUCCUUAUACACUCAAUACAUACCAAUUAGAACUAUACCUUCAACGUAUUCAAUAUCCUAGCCACGCCACCCCGACGGCUACUGGUCAUCCGCGCCUAGAACAACUCCACGAGUCUAUGGAGCAUGGUUCCCUGGAAGCCCUGACGGAAUUGCAACGGCGGCAUCUUGCCGCAAUUACCUGGGGAAAUACGGCUCUACAUUACUCCAACCAUCAUUCAAUCUCCAUCCAUCCCGCCAGUGUCUUCGAGAAGCUGGUGGUGCGUUGCCACGAUGGCUAUUGUAUGGAGAACACCAAUCUCUUCUACAUGGUGCUCUGUUCCCUCGGAUACCAGGUGUAUGCGACGGGAGGCCGAGUGAGUCGUACUGUCGUUUCCGGGGAUCCAACUGAGGGAGGUUAUAUAUCCUUGAGCCACAUGGUUCUAAUCGUAACUAUAGCCGGGCAAAAGUACAUGAAUACCACUGCCCCAUUGAUCGCGCCGAGCGAAAUGUCCUUAAUCAAGGCACCUCUUGCAGGCUUCAUGGAUCAAACACAGAAGGUUUGGAUCUAUCUGGCCCGAUCUGACUCUCAGAGUCCGUGGGCGCCUCAAUAUUCGUUCUCCGAGAUUGAAUUCCUCUUCGAGGAUUUCAGUAUGAUAAACUUCUUUACGAGUAAGAGUCGCGCGAUGUUAUUUACGCAAAAGCUGGCGUGUACCCGACUUAUCUUAGAUGACCAUAACUCUGAGCCCAUUGGAAUUUACAUUCUUUCUGGGAGAGAGGUCAAGAGGGUACUUCAUGGGAAGACCGAAACCUUGCGAGUAUUGAAUACGGAAGAGGAUAGAGUCGGUGCGUUGGUCGAAUACUUUGAUAUGCAUUUUCACGCACACGAGAUAGAGGGUAUUCACGGGCUACCCUCCCAGAUUAAACCUAGAUAG